GGACACGAAACCGGGGGCGUGACACACAUGCGCAGUAGAUCUAAUUCUACCGCGCAUGUGCAGUAGAACCAGGUUGAUGACGUAUGAUCAUUCUCUUUCAAUAGGCCUUGACCAGGACCAGGAAGCGAAGAAGGACUCAGAACAGAUCAGUAAAGCUGAGCCAAGAUGGGUGCCUUCGCUAGCAUGUUUAAAGACUUGUUUGGCAAGAAAGAAAUGAGAAUCCUGAUGGUAGGACUGGAUGCUGCUGGAAAGACCACCAUCCUGUACAAGCUCAAACUGGGAGAAAUUGUCACCACAAUCCCAACCAUUGGUUUUAACGUUGAGACGGUAGAAUACAAGAACAUCAGUUUUACAGUGUGGGAUGUCGGCGGUCAGGACAAGAUCAGGCCUCUCUGGAAGCAUUACUUCCAAAACACACAAGGCAUUAUCUUUGUAGUGGACAGUAAUGACAAGGAGCGAAUUGGUGAGGCGAAGGAGGAGCUGAUGCGAAUGCUGGCUGAAGAUGAACUGACGAAUGCUGUGCUGCUUGUGUUUGCCAACAAACAGGACCUGCCCAAUGCCAUGAAUUCAGCUGAGAUCACCGACAAGCUGGCCCUACACAAUCUGCGCAGUCGGCACUGGUUCAUCCAGGCCACGUGCGCCACUAAUGGAGAUGGUCUCUUCGAGGGUCUCGACUGGCUUUCAAACGCGCUAAAGAAAGUAAAAUGAUCCAUCCGUCCA